AUCUUAAUAUUCAUGGGCCAAUUGUCGGCUAUUAAUCAAAACUAUUUCUUCCUGAAAUUUUGGAUUAUAUAAAACUUGAACCCAAUCGCUCCAUAAACAUACAACAGUAAGUUCUGAUUCUUCUCCCUAACUAACUAAUUAAUCUGAAAGUCUUUCCUUCAAGAUGGAUGCAUCAAAUGGAUCCCAAGAUACUGAGCAAACCCUUGAUUCACAAGUCAAAGCGUUCUUUGAUUCUGCUCCACCUCUCCAGAAUAGGAAUGACAUCAUUCAGAAAUUGAAUCACUUCAUUCAGCUGAAUUCUUUAUCUUCAGAAAAUGGGAUAGGUAAGAGAAUUGUUUGUGUGACUUCUGGUGGCACCACUGCUCCAUUGGAGCAGCGGUGCGUUCGCUAUGUUGACAACUUUAGUUCAGGUCAUAGGGGAGCCACAUCCACUGAGUAUUUGUUCUUGCACUUGCUCUUGUUCUUGUUCUUGUCAAUGAAACUUUUUCUUGGAUAUUUGUUUGGUGAUCUCUUGGAGGGGAAUGAAUACUAUGUUGCUGGUUAUGUUGAGUGUAGGUAUUUUCUGAAGGCGGGAUAUGCUGUGAUCUUCUUGUACCGGAGAGGAAGUUUUCAGCCAUUCUGUAGAUCCCUUCCUGAUGAUCCCUUACUUGAAUGCUUUGAGGCUACCGAAGGAUUAAACAUUCAAGUCCGUGAGGCUUAUUCUAAAGCAGUGAAGACCGCUAUCGUGGAUCAUCAUGCUGCAGUGGAUAGUGGUCUCCUGUUAAAGCUUCCUUUCAGCACUAUAUUUGAGUAUCUUCAGAUGCUGCAAAUAAUUUCAAAGCCAAUGAAGGAUAUUGGCCCACGUGCAAUGUUCUAUCUUGCUGCUGCAGUAUCUGACUUUUAUGUUCCUUGGAAGGACAUGGUAGAACAUAAAAUUCAAUCUGGAUCUCACAUCUUGGAUGUGAAACUUGUUCCUGUGCCAAAGAUGCUAUCAGUGCUUAGGAAAGAUUGGGCACCCCUUGCUUUUUGCAUAUCUUUCAAGUUAGAGACAGAUUCAAACAUUCUUCUAAAUAAGGCGCGGGGUGCUCUCGAGAAGUACAAUAUGCAUGCUGUUGUUGCGAACGAGCUCUCCACCCGCAAGGAGCAAGUGGUGGUUGUCACCAUUGACGACAAGAUUACGGUUCAACGAGAUAAGAGCAAGGCUGAUGAUGAUGUAGAGAAUCCCCUCAUUAAGCUUCUUUCUCAGAGACAUUCAGCUUACAUUGAGGACCCGAAGAGAAUGAGGUGAAUCACUUUUUGAGUCUGAUCUUUUCGACUUCUUCUCCAUGUUGCAAUUCCAUGGCAAGACAACUCUCGUUGUAUGUAAUAAAACCAUGAAUAAAUGAAAAGAAGGAUUACACAAUAUAGAUAUAUUGAGAUUGUGGUUUUAGUAAAUAAAGGAAGAGAAAAUAGAAAUAAAGGGUGUUAAAAAGGAGAUAGUUUCAAUAGGAGAAAUAAGAAGUUUAAAUUUUAAUGUACUGUAUCAAGGUUACAAAUUUUCUACUUUUUUUUGAAUAUUUAACCAUUAACGUGUUUUGGAUA